AUGCCCCACUGCCAGUCGACAACCUCCAAAUCCCUGGCCGACCACCCACCAGCAGCGCCUCGUCCGCCAGAGUUCUGGCUUGCCCCACUGCCAGUCGACAACCUCCAAAUCCCCGGCCGACCACCCACCAGCAGCGCCUCGUCCGCCGCAGUUCCGGCUUGCCCCACUGCCAGUCGACAACCUCCAAAUCCCCGGCCGACCAUCCACCAGCAGCGCCUCGUCCGCCACAGUUCCGGCUUGCCCCACUGCCAGUCGACAACCUCCAAAUCCCCGGCCGACCACCCACCAGCAGCGCCUCGUCCGCCACAGUUCCGGCUUACCCCACUGCCAGUCGACAACCUCCAAAUCCCCGGCCGACCACCCACCAGCAGCGCCACAGUUCCGGCUUGCCCCACUGCCAGUCGACAACCUCCAAAUCCCCGGCCGACCACCCACCAGCAGCGCCUCGUCCGCCACAGUUCCGGCUUGCCCCACUGCCAGUCGACAACCUCCAAAUCCCUGGCCGACCACCCACCAGCAGCGCCUCAUCCGCCACAGUUCCAGCUUGCCCCACUGCCAGUCGACAACCUCCAAAUCCCCGGCCGACCACCCACCAUCAGCGCCUCGUCCGCCACAGUUCCGGCUUGCCCCACUGCCAGUCGACAACCUCCAAAUCCCCGGCCGACCACCCACCAGCAGCGCCUCGUCCGCCACUGUUGCGGCUUGCCCCACUGCCAGUCGACAACCUCCAAAUCCCAGGCCGACCACCCACCAGCAGCGCCUCGUCCGCCACAGUUCCGGCUUGCCCCACUGCCAGUCGACAACCUCCAAAUCCCCGGCCGACCACCCACCAGCAGCGCCUCGUCCGCCACAGUUCCGGCUUACCCCACUGCCAGUCGACAACCUCCAAAUCCCCGGCCGACCACCCACCAGCAGCGCCUCGUCCGCCACAAUUCCAAGUUGCCCCACUGCCAGUCGACAACCUCCAAAUCCCCGGCCGACCACCCACCAGCAGCGCCUCGUCCGCCACAGUUCCGGCUUGCCCCACUGCCAGUCGACAACCUCCAAAUCCCCGGCCGACCAUCCACCAGCAGCGUCUCGUCCGCCACAGUUCCGGCUUGCCCCACUGCCAGUCGACAACCUCCAAAUCCCCGGCCGACCACCCACCAGCAGCGCCUCGUCCGCCACAGUUCCGGCUUGCCCCACUGCCAGUCGACAACCUCCAAAUCCCCGGCCGACCACCCACCAUCAGCGCCUCGUCCGCCACAGUUCCGGCUUGCCCCACUGCCAGUCGACAACCUCCAAAUCCCCGGCCGACCACCCACCAGCAGCGCCUCGUCCGCCACUGUUGCGGCUUGCCCCACUGCCAGUCGACAACCUCCAAAUCCCAGGCCGACCACCCACCAGCAGCGCCUCGUCCGCCACAGUUCCGGCUUGCCCCACUGCCAGUCGACAACCUCCAAAUCCCCGGCCGACCAUCCACCAGCAGCGCCUCGUCCGCCACAGUUCCGGCUUGCCCACUGCCAGUCGACAACCUACAAAUCCCCGGCCGACCACCCAACAGCAGCGCAUCAUCCGCCACAGUUCCGGCUUGCCCCACUGCCAGUCGACAACCUCCAAAUCCCUGGCCGACCACCCACCAGCAGCGCCUCGUCCGCCACAGUUCCGGAUUGCCCCACUGCAAGUCGGCAACCUCCAAAUCCCCGGCCGACCACCCACCAGCAGCGCCUCGUCCGCCACAGUUCCAGCUUCCCCCACUGCCAGUCGGCAACCUCUAAAUCCCCGGCCGACCACCCAACAGCAGCGCCUCGUCCGCCACAGUUCCGGCUUGCCUUACUGCCAGUCAGCAACCUCCAAAUCCCCGGCCGACCACCCACCAGCAGCGCCUCGUCCGCCACAGUUCCGGCUUGCCCCACUGCAAGUCUACAACCUCCAAAUCCCCGGCCGACCACCCACCAGCAGCGCUUCGUCCACCACAGUUCCGGCUUGCCCCACUGCCAGUCGACAACCUCCAAAUCCCCGGCCGACCACCCACCAGCAGCGCCUCAUCCGCCACAGUUCCGGCUUGCCCCACUGCCAGUCGACAAUCUCCAAAUCCCCGGCCGACCACCCACCAGCAGCGCCUCGUCCGCCACAGUUCCGGCUUGCCCCCCUGCCAGUCGACAACCUCCAAAUCCCCGGCCGACCACCCACCAGCAGCGCCUCGUCCGCCACAGUUCCGGCUUGCCCCACUGCCAGUCGACAACCUCCAAAUCCCCGGCCGACCACCCACCAGCAGCGCCUUGUCUGCCACAGUUCCGGCUUGCCCCACUGCCAGUCGACAACCUCCAAAUCCCCGGCCGACCACCCACGAGCAGCGCUUCGUUCGCCACAGUUCCGGCUAGCCCCACUGCCAGUCGACAACGUCCAAAUCCCCGGCCGACCAUCCACCAGCAGCGCCUCGUCCGCCACAGUUCCGGCUUGCCCACUGCCAGUCGACAACCUACAAAUCCCCGGCCGACCACCCACCAGCAGCGCCUCGUCCGCCACAGUUCCGGCUUGCCCCACUGCCAGUCGACAACCUCCAAAUCCCCGGCCGACCACCCACCAGCAGCGCCUCGUCCGCCACAGAUCCGGCUUGCCCCACUGCCAGUCGACAACCUCCAAAUCCCCGGCCGACCACCCACCAGCAGCGCCUCGUCCGCCACAGUUCCGGCUUGCCCCACUGCCAGUCGACAAACUCCAAAUCCCCGGCCGACCACCCACCAGCAGCGCCUCGUCCGCCACAGUUCCGGCUUGCCCCACUGCCAGUCGACAACCUUCAAAUCCCCGGCCGACCACCCACCAGCAGCGCCUCGUCCGCCACAGUUCCGGCUUGCCCCACUGCCAGUCGACAACCUCCAAAUCCCCGGCCGACCACCCACCAGCAGCGCCUCGUCCGCCACAGUUCCGGCUUGCCCCACUGCCAGUCGACAACCUCCAAAUCCCCGGCCGACCACCCACCAGCAGCGCCUCGUCCGCCACAGUUCCGGCUUGCCCCAAUGCCAGUCGACAACCUCCAAAUCCCCUGCCGACCACCCACCAGCAGCGCCUCGUCCGCCACAGUUCCGGCUUGCCCCACUGCCAGUCGACAACCUCCAAAUCCCCGGCCGACCACCCACCAGCAGCGCCUCGUCCGCCACAGUUCCGGCUUGCCCCACUGCCAGUCGACAACCUCCAAAUCCCCGGCCGACCACCCACCAGCAGCGCCUCGUCCGCCACAGUUCCGGCUUGCCCCACUGCCAGUCGACAACCUCCAAAUCCCUGGCCGUCCACCCACCAGCAGCGCCUCGUCUGCCACAGUUCCGGCUUGCCCCACUGCCAGUCGACAACCUCCAAAUCCCCGGCCGACCACCCACCAGCAGCGCCUCGUCCGCCACAGUUCCGGCUUGCCCCACUGCCAGUCGACAACCUCUAAAUCCCCGGCCGACCACCCAACAGCAGCGCCUCGUCCGCCACAGUUCCGGCUUGCCCCACUGCCAGUCGGCAACCUCCAAAUCCCCGGCCGACCACCCACCAGCAGCGCCUCGUCCGCCACAGUUCCGGCUUGCCCCACUGCAAGUCUACAACCUCCAAAUCCCCGGCCGACCACCCACCAGCAGCGCUUCGUCCACCACAGUUCCGGCUUGCCCCACUGUCAGUCGACAACCUCCAAAUCCCCGGCCGACCACCCACCUGCAACGCCUCGUCCGCCAUAGUUCCGGCUUGCCCCACUGCCAGUCGACAACCUCCAAAUCCCCGGCCGACCACCCACCAGCAGCGCCUCGUCCGCCACAGUUCCGCCUUGCCCCACUGCCAGUCGACAACCUCCAAAUCCCCGGCCGACCACCCACCAGCAGCGCCUCGUCCGUCACAGUUCCGGCUUGCCCCACUGCCAGUCGACAACCUCCUAAUCCCCGGCCGACCACCCACCAACAGCGCCUCGUCCGCCACAUUUCCGGCUUGCCCCACUGCCGGUCGACAACCUCCAAAUCCCCGGCCGCCCACCCACCAGCAGCGCCUCGUCCGCCACAGUUCCGGCUUGCCCCACUGCCAGUCGACAACCUGCAAAUCCCCGGCCGACCACCCACCAGCAGCGCCUCGUCCGCCACAGUUCCGGCUUGCCCCACUGCCAGUCGACAACCUCCAAAUCCCCGGCCGACCACCCACCAGCAGCGCCUCGUCCGCCACAGUUCCGGCUUGCCCCACUGCCAGUCGACAACCUCCAAAUCCCCGGCCGACCACCCACCAGCAGCGCAUCGUCCGCCACAGUUCCGGCUUGCCCCACUGCCAGUCGACAACCUCCAAAUCCCCGGCCGACCACCCACCAGCAGCGCCUCGUCCGCCACAGUUCCGGCUUGCCCCACUGCCAGUCGACAACCUCCAAAUCCCCGGCCGACCACCCACCAGCAGCGCCUCGCCGACCACCCACCAGCAGCACCUCGUCCGCCACAGUUCCGGCUUGCCCCACUGCCAGUCGACAACCUCCAAAUCCCCGGCCGACCACCCACCAGCAGCGCCUCGUCCGCCACAGUUCCGGCUUGCCCCACUGCCAGUCGACAACCACCAAAUCCCCGGCCGAACACCCACCAGCAGCGCUCGUCUGCCACAGUUCCGGCUUGCCCCAAUGCCAGUCGACAACCUCCAAAUCCCCAGCCGACCACCCACCAGCAGCGCCUCGUCCGCCACAGUUCCGGCUUGCCCCACUGCCAGUCGACAACCUCCAAAUCCCCGGCCGACCACCCACCAGCAGCACCUCGUCCGCCACAGUUCCGGCUUGCCCCACUGCCAGUUGACAACCUCCAAAUCCCCGGCCGACCACCCACCAGCAGCGCCUCGUCCGCCACAGUUCCGGCUUGCCCCACUGCCAGUCGACAACCUCCAAAUCCCCGGCCGACCAUCCACCAGCAUCGCCUCGUCCGCCACAGUUCCGGCUUGCCCCACUGCCAGUCGACAACCUACAAAUCCCCGGCCGACCACCCACCAGCAGCGACUCGUCCGCCACAGUUCCGGCUUGCCCCACUGCCAGUCGACAACCUCCAAAUCCCCGGCCGACCACCCACCAGCAGCGCCUCGUCCGCCACAGUUCCGGCUUGCCCCACUGCCAGUCGGCAACCACCAAAUCCCCGGCCGACCACCAACCAGCAGCGCCUCGUCCGCCACAGUUCCGGCUUCCCCCACUGCCAGUCGCCAACCUCCAAAUCCCCGGCCGACCACCCAACAGCAGCGCCUCGUCCGCCACAGUUCCGGCUUGCCCCACUGCCAGUCGGCAACCUCCAAAUCCCCGGCCGACGACCCACCAGCAGCGCCUCGUCCGCCACAGUUCCGGCUUGCCCCACUGCCAGUCUACAACCUAUAAAUCCCCAGAAGACCACCCACCAAAAGCGCCUCGUCCGCCACAGUUCCGGCAUGCCCCACUGCCAGUCGACAACCUCCAAAUCCCUGGCCGACCACCCACCAGCAGCGCCUCGUCCGCCAGAGUUCUGGCUUGCCCCACUGCCAGUCGACAACCUCCAAAUCCCCGGCCGACCACCCACCAGCAGCGCCUCGUCCGCCGCAGUUCCGGCUUGCCCCACUGCCAGUCGACAACCUCCAAAUCCCCGGCCGACCAUCCACCAGCAGCGCCUCGUCCGCCACAGUUCCGGCUUGCCCCACUGCCAGUCGACAACCUCCAAAUCCCCGGCCGACCACCCACCAGCAGCGCCUCGUCCGCCACAGUUCCGGCUUACCCCACUGCCAGUCGACAACCUCCAAAUCCCCGGCCGACCACCCACCAGCAGCGCCACAGUUCCGGCUUGCCCCACUGCCAGUCGACAACCUCCAAAUCCCCGGCCGACCACCCACCAGCAGCGCCUCGUCCGCCACAGUUCCGGCUUGCCCCACUGCCAGUCGACAACCUCCAAAUCCCUGGCCGACCACCCACCAGCAGCGCCUCAUCCGCCACAGUUCCAGCUUGCCCCACUGCCAGUCGACAACCUCCAAAUCCCCGGCCGACCACCCACCAUCAGCGCCUCGUCCGCCACAGUUCCGGCUUGCCCCACUGCCAGUCGACAACCUCCAAAUCCCCGGCCGACCACCCACCAGCAGCGCCUCGUCCGCCACUGUUGCGGCUUGCCCCACUGCCAGUCGACAACCUCCAAAUCCCAGGCCGACCACCCACCAGCAGCGCCUCGUCCGCCACAGUUCCGGCUUGCCCCCCUGCCAGUCGACAACCUCCAAAUCCCCGGCCGACCACCCACCAGCAGCGCCUCGUCCGCCACAGUUCCGGCUUGCCCCACUGCCAGUCGACAACCUCCAAAUCCCCGGCCGACCACCCACCAGCAGCGCCUCGUCCGCCACAAUUCCAAGUUGCCCCACUGCCAGUCGACAACCUCCAAAUCCCCGGCCGACCACCCACCAGCAGCGCCUCGUCCGCCACAGUUCCGGCUUGCCCCACUGCCAGUCGACAACCUCCAAAUCCCCGGCCGACCAUCCACCAGCAGCGUCUCGUCCGCCACAGUUCCGGCUUGCCCCACUGCCAGUCGACAACCUCCAAAUCCCCGGCCGACCACCCACCAGCAGCGCCUCGUCCGCCACAGUUCCGGCUUGCCCCACUGCCAGUCGACAACCUCCAAAUCCCCGGCCGACCACCCACCAUCAGCGCCUCGUCCGCCACAGUUCCGGCUUGCCCCACUGCCAGUCGACAACCUCCAAAUCCCCGGCCGACCACCCACCAGCAGCGCCUCGUCCGCCACUGUUGCGGCUUGCCCCACUGCCAGUCGACAACCUCCAAAUCCCAGGCCGACCACCCACCAGCAGCGCCUCGUCCGCCACAGUUCCGGCUUGCCCCACUGCCAGUCGACAACCUCCAAAUCCCCGGCCGACCACCCACUAGCAGCGCCUCGUCCGCCACAGUUCCGGCUUGCCCCACUGCCAGUCGACAACCUCCAAAUCCCCGGCCGACCACCCACCAGCAGCGCCUCGUCCGCCACAGUUCCGGCUUGCCCCACUGCCAGUCGACAACCUCCAAAUCCCCGGCCGACCACCCACCAGCAGCGCCUCGUCCGCCACAGUUCCGGCUUGCCCCACUGCCAGUCGACAACCUCCAAAUCCCCGGCCGACCACCCACCAGCAGCGCCUCGUCCGCCACAGUUCCGGCUUGCCCCACUGCCAGUCGACAACCUCCAAAUCCCCGGCCGACCACCCACCAGCAGCGCCUCGUCCGCCACAGUUCCGGCUUGCCCCACUGCCAGUCGACAACCUCCAAAUCCCCGGCCGACCACUCACCAGCAGCGCCUCGUCCGCCACAGUUCCGGCUUGCCCCACUGCCAGUCGACAACCUCCAAAUCCCCGCCGACCACCCGAGCCAGAGAACCUCCGGAGCUUCGCAGACCGAAGAGAGAACAUUGCGCCUUGAUGCGUCUAUCGGCAAGUGACGACAUGGCACAAUUUGGAAGCAAGAAUUAA